CCCCUACCUUUGCCCCUGCACACACCGUGCUCCUGGAAGUUGUCAUGGAGAUAGAUCCGUCCCAGGCUCUCGGGAUUGUUGCCAUGGAGAUCCCUGCUCGAGGUGAGCUCUCGGCAGUGCAGGAGGACGAGAGCACGCAGCUAGGGUUCGAGAAGCGAAUUCAGGACCUUGGAGAGCAGCGGCGCCAAGGACCCCCUUUCAGCCAAGGGAACUACUACAUGCUUAUAGUGAUAGGAGAGAUAGCGACAGACCACCAGCUGCAACGCGCUAGAGACCACGUUGAGCGGGGGAUUCGCUCCUGGGACAUCAGCCUCAAGUCAUGUGACCUGGACCAGCAGCUGCAGCUAUUUGUGACGCGCCACUCCGCCCAGUUCUCUGCAGAGGUCAGAGGACAAAGGACACUCCACCACAAGAGUGAUGUCCUAGAGACAGUUGUGUUAGUCAACCCGUCAGAGGAUACAGUUGCUUCAGAGAUCCAGUCUCUAGUCACAGACUCAGCAGGACACAAACUCCUGGUCCUGAGCGGGCAGAACUCAGACCACGGUGACCUGCUUCUCCAAAGUGGGGGUUUCACCUAUAAGAGCUUCUCACAAGUCUUUGCUGAUCCUGGGGUCAGUGAUUUGCUGGGCGAAGCAGCCCCCAAGCAGCGGGCCACACUCACUGUGUCCUGCCGAUCGGAGGUGGGUUGGAGCUCCCUGGGUCAGCAGCAGCACUUACGGGAGUUCCUUGAGUACAGACUGAACCCAGAGCCUGUGCUCCCCAAGAUGGAGGGAGUCACAGAGUUCACGGAGUACAUCUCUGAGACGGUGGACGUGCCUUCUCCCUUUGACCUCCUGGAGCCGCCCACAUCUGGAGGCUUCCUGAAACUGUCCAGGCCUUGUUGUUACAUCUUCCCUGGGGGGAGGGGCGACUCGGCACUGUUCGCGGUCAACGGCUUCAACAUCCUAGUGGAUGGAGGCUCUGAACGGAAAUCAUGCUUCUGGAAGCUGGUCAGACACUUGGACCGCAUCGACUCAAUUCUACUCACUCACAUUGGUGCAGACAAUCUGCCAGGCAUCAACGGGCUCCUUCAGAGGAAAAUAGCAGAGCAGGAAGAGGAGCAGUCACAAGGCUCAACCACCUACAGUGAUUGGAUGAAGAACCUGAUCUCUCCAGAGCUUGGUGUGAUCUUCUUCAAUGUACCCGAGAAGCUACGUAUGCCAGAAUCAAACCUAAAGGUCAAGCGUAGCAUCGAGGAGGCCUCCCUCACGUUGCAGUACCUCAACAAACUGGGAAUCAAGCCGGAGCCUCUCUGUAGACUGGUCAGCAACACUAUUGAGCCUUUCACUCUUUUUCAUAAGAUGGGGGUGGGCAAGUUAGACAUGUAUGUUCUGAACCCCGUCAAGGACAGUAAGGAGAUGCAGUUUCUCAUGCAGAAGUGGGCUGGUAACAGCAAGGCCAAAACAGGCAUUGUGCUCCCCAAUGGAAAAGAGGGAGAAAUAUCCGUACCUUACCUGACAUCAGUUACAGCAUUAGUCGUGUGGCUUCCUGCCAAUCCUGCCGAAAAGAUUGUCAGAGUGCUGUUCCCUGGAAACGCACCACAAAACAAAGUCCUGGAGGGACUAGAGAAAUUAAAGCACCUUGACUUCUUGCGAUACCCAGUAGCCACACAAAAAGACAUCGCCUCAGGGGCUCCUCCCUCUGUUGUAAAACAGACAAAGUUAAAGCAAAGGACAGACAGCAAAGAAAGUCUGAAAUCAUCUCCCAAGACUACAAAACCCCUUAAGAAAGAAGCAGAUGAUGAGGUAUCGGCAGUCACAGAGGCAACGAGGGACUCUGUAAAGGAGAACAAGAUAGAGAAAAAGGAGAAGAAACUUAAAGAGAAUGAAAAACCCACCAAAAUAAUAAAAUCCAAGACUGAUGCACCAGAAAAGAAGAAACUAUUGAAGGAGAAAUCCUUGAAAAAACAUUCAAAGGAAAGGGCAUCCAAGAUGGAUGAGAAAAAAGACAAGGAAAAGAAAGAGAUCAAGAAAGUCAAGAAAGUUGACACAGCUAAAAAAGAAGAGAAAAAAGACCCCAAAGUUGACAAGAAAAAAGAUACGUCGAAGUCAGAGUUGAGAAAGAUAACGAAACCUGACUUAAAACCCCUCACACCAGAGGUCAGAAGGACCCUGCACAGGGCAAAAGUGUCAAGUAAACCCAAAACCGACAAAAGCAAAGGCAAAGCGGCCAAGGCUGAGCCGGCUGAACCCAAACCUGAGGAACCAGCAGCAGAGAGCGUUCAACCUGAGCCACUACAGAAUGGGGGUAUUGAGGGCAUAUCUGCUUCCUCCACUCCAGAGGAUCUUACUAAGGACUUUGAGGAGUUAAAACAAGAUGAGGUAUCAUCAGAGCCACCAGAGAGUGCAGUGGAGACACCAGCAGAGGAAAGCAUGGCCGAUUCCCCUACCCAGGAGGAGGAGAAAGAACAGGAAACUGUCUCUAAAACUCCACCAGGCACAAAGUCUCCUGAGAAGGGAGUAGCCACAGCAAUGGAAGUUGAAUCUGAAUCUCAGACCCUAAUUGAAUCUCAAAGCAAAGAGGACAAAUUAACACAAGAGCAUAAAGAAGAAUUACAGGCAGAGGAAGUGGAACUAUAUGAGGAUGAGGGAGCUGCAGUUGAAGAUGAUGAGGAGGAAGAAAAAGAAGGCCCGAUUGAUGAGAGGAAAACAUUUCAGGAAGAGGAAGAUAUGGGGAUAGGGGAGGAAGAAGAUGAUGCAAAAGAUGAUGUGAAGGAUAAUGAACUAGACAGGAAACAUGAGGUGGAGGAAAUGGAGAAAGUUGAAAAGCCCACAGAUAUGUCAGUAACAAAAGAGGAAAGCAGAAGGCCUUCAUCCCAGGAGGAGGAACAGGAAGAAGAUGGACAUGUUGUUGAAAAGGCUGAGCUGGAAGAGGUAGAAGUUUUAGACAUGAUAGCAGAUGAAGAGGUCAAAAUCAAACCUGAAGCGGGAGAGAAAGAAACAUUGGCCAAGAAUGGGGAAAGCAAAGCAGUUAAACAUACUCCUGGAGCUAAAGAGGAGGAUGAGGAAGAUGAAGAGGGCUACGUGUCAAAUGUGGGAGGCGCUACAGUCAACAUAGUGUCAACACUGCAAGGAACUGCUGCAGCCGAGCCCAUCUCCUUCAUUCAAGACGAAACCAUUCCCGCCAACUCCGAAACUGAACAGACCAUCUCUGAUGAGGAAGUUCACGAAGAGGCUGAUGACAGGAUACUAAACCUCCAAUACGAAGUGGGUGCAUAUGACAUCUCUGUCCCAGAUCAGACAGGCUCCUUUGACACCAUCCAUGGGAUGAAGGAGAUGCAAGCAUCAGCUAUGGCUGAUGUAACAGCCAAAGGUUUCAUUUGUGGACAGGAGCAAGUAUCGGUAUUCACUAACAUCAUUGCUGCUCCCUUGGCUGAGGAGGAACAUGUUUCCUCAGCCACAUCCAUCACAGAGUAUGAUAAAUUGUCCUCCUUCCCCACCUCUAUUGCAGAGGACCAAUCAGUGGCCUCUGUCGCUACACCUCAGACUGAGGAAACAGGCAAAAGCUCUCUGCUUCUUGACACUGUUAAUAGUGUUCCCCUGGCAAUUCCAACGGAGGCCACACAUGGGAAAGAACAUUUACACUCUGCUGGGACCAUCUCACCAACAUCCUCCUUAGAGGAAGACAAGUACAUGAAGUCAGUUCCAUCCGAAGAGGGCCUGUCAGUUAUCUCUGAUUUGAAGACAGAGGCUAAGGUCAUCAAGACUCAUGAUGAAGAGGAGGAAGAAGAUCAGGACCAAACUCCGACCAUUGAGAUUUCACUUGGGGAGAGCUAUGCCUCCCCUCAAAUGCUCCAGGAUAGAGAUAGGGAUUUGGAACAGCUCCCUGCUUCUGAGGCUCCUGUCUCCAAACUUGUUCAGGAUUUGAAGCAGGAUCACCUACCAGUUGAGGAGGUACAACUCUUUAAGUCCAAAGAAGACAUCUUAACAGUGGUGCCUUCAAAACCCCUUUCACCCCCACCCUCUUUCUCAAAGCCUUUUAGGUCAGACUCAAUUACUUCGGAAGGUGAAGAGCAAUGCUGCAGUCCAGACGAUAGCACUGUGAAAAUGGCCUCUCCCACACAAUCUCCCCCACCCAGUGCAACCAGCUCUCCAACUCACUCUCCUCUUCAUCAGUCGCCUGUGGAGGAAAAGACCAAGGGCUUCCCAGGACUGGAGCAUCAAACACAGGAGGACCUUCAUGAUUCAGCCACCAAAACAGAAGAUACGGAUGCAAAGAAAGAUCAAGCGGAAAAGGAAGAUAAAGUGGAGAAGAAUAAAGAAUUGGAUGCUGACAUCAAGAAAGUUGAGUCAGACACACUACCAUCUGUGGAGAAAUCGUUUCAAAAAGACUUGCCCAUUACAAAAGCGGAAGAAAAAUAUGGUCUCUCCCCUUCCAAAGAUGAGAUGCAACAGGAACAGGAGACAACUCCUCUUACCUCUGAGUCAGUCACAGGCAAAGACGAAGCUUCCAUAUCAGGAAAGGAAUCUCUGACAGUAGACAUUUCUAGUGGUAAGGCUAUACUCAAACACAGUGAUGAGGAAGAUGAUGACCAUCAACAGAAAGAAUCCGAAGUGUGCAGUAAGGCUAAAUUCCCAAAGGGGAAGGAGAGUAGUUUCUUAGAUUAUGACGAUGGUGAGGAUGAUGAUGACGAUAAUGAAGAUAGUUCUGAUGUAAAACCCAUCAAACAGGACAUGAAGGAAAAAGAUACAGAAAAAAAUGACACACAUGAGGCUAAAACUAUCAAGGAAGAGAAAGAGGAGAAAGAAAAACAAGACGUGUUUGAAGCUGAAACCAUCAAGGAAGAAAAGAAAGAAACAGAUAAAGUUGGUACAACUGAAGCUACUACUGAAGCUGAGCCCAUCAAGGAAGAUAAAGAUGAGAAAGUGAAGGAAAAAUAUGACAUUCAUGAAGCUGAACCCAUCAGGGAAGAAAGGAAAGAAACAGAAAAGGUUGGUACCACUGAAGCUGAGCCCAUCAAGGAAGAUACAGAAGAGAAAGUGAAGGAAAAACAUGACAUUCAUGAAGCUGAACCCAUCAGGGAAGAAAAGAAAGAAACAGAAAAGGUUGGUACCACUGACGCUGAACCCAUCAAAGAAGAUAAAGAAGAGAAAGUGAAGGAAAAAUAUGACAUUCAUGAAGCUGAAUCCAUCAGGGAAGAAAAGAAAGAAUCAGAAAAGGUUGGUACCACUGAAGCUGAACCCAUCAAGGAAGAUAAAGAAGAGAAAGUGAAGGAAAAACAUGACAUUCAUGAAGCUGAACCCAUCAGGGAAGAAAAGAAAGAAACAGAAAAGGUUGGUACCACUGAAGCUGAACCAAUCAAGGAAGAUAAAGAUGAGAAAGUGAAGGAAAAAGAUGACAUUCAUGAAGCUGAAUCCAUCAGGGAAGAAAAGAAAGAAACAGAAAAGGUUGGUACCACUGACGCUGAACCCAUCAAAGAAGAUAAAGAUGAGAAAGUGAAGGAAAAAUAUGACAUUCAUGAAGCUGAAUCCAUCAGGGAAGAAAAGAAAGAAACAGAAAAGGUUGGUACCACUGAAGCUGAACCCAUCAAGGAAGAUAAAGAAGAGAAAGUGAAGGAAAAACAUGACAUUCAUGAAGCUGAACCCAUCAGGGAAGAAAAGAAAGAAACAGAAAAGGUUGGUACCACUGAAGCUGAACCAAUCAAGGAAGAUAAAGAUGAGAAAGUGAAGGAAAAAGAUGACAUUCAUGAAGCUGAACCCAUCAGGGAAGAAAAGAAAGAAACAGAAAAGGUUGAUACCACUGAAGCUGAACCCAUCAAUGAGGAUAAAGAUGAGAAAGUGAAGGAAAAAGAUGACAUUCAUGAAGCUGAAUCCAUCAGGGAAGAAAAGAAAGAAACAGAAAAGGUUGGUACCACUGAAGCUGAACCCAUCAAGGAGGAUAAAGAUGAGAAAGUGAAGGAAAAAUAUGACAUUCAUGAAGCUGAAUCCAUCAGGGAAGAAAAGAAAGAAACAGAAAAGGUUGGUACCACUGAAGCUGAACCCAUCAAGGAAGAUAAAGAUGAGAAAGUGAAGGAAAAAGAUGACAUUCAUGAAGCUGAACCCAUCAGGGAAGAAAAGAAAGAAACAGAAAAGGUUGGUACCAUUGAAGCUGAACCAAUCAAGGAAGAUAAAGAUGAGAAAGUGAAGGAAAAAUAUGACAUUCAUGAAGCUGAAUCCAUCAGGGAAGAAAAGAAAGAAACAGAAAAGGUUAGUACCACUGAAGCUGAACCAAUCAAGGAAGAUAAAGAUGAGAAAGUGAAGGAAAAAGAUUACAUUCAUGAAGCUGAACCAAUCAAGGAAGAUAAAGAUGAGAAAGUGAAAGAAAAAGAUGACAUUCAUGAAGCUAAAUCCAUCAAAGAAGAGAAGAAAGAAACAGAAAAGGUUGGUACAAGUGAAGCUAAACCCAUUAAGAAAGAUAAAGAUGAGAAAGUGAAGGAAAAAGAUGACAUUCAUGAAGCUAAAUCCAUCAAGGAAGAGAAGAAAGAAACAGAAAAGGUUGGUACCACUGACGCUGAACCCAUCAAGGAAGAUAAAGAUGAAAAAGAUGACAUUCAUGAAGCUGAACCCAUCAAGGAAGAGAAGAACGGAACAGAAAAAGUUGGUACCACUGAAGCUGAACCCAUCAAGGAAGAGAAGAAGGAAAAGGAGAAAGAGAAAGACGAUACUUGUGGGGCUGAGCCCAUCAAAGAGGAGGAGAAUGAGAAGGAAAAAUAUGAUACUUCUGAGUCUGAACCUACGAAAGAAGAAAAACAGAAAGAAAUAGAGAGUAUAGUCUCUUCUAAAGACGAGCUAAGCUCUUGUAUCUCUACCUCUAAAGUGGAGCCAGCCUCAGACUCCACCACUACAGAAAAAAUAGAGCAAGAGAAAGAUAACUUUGUGGCUGAACCCAUGAAAGAUGAGAAGAAAGAGAAGGAUGAUACUUGUAAGACUGAUGCCAUCAAGGAGGAAAAGAUGGAGAGAGAACAUCCUCUUAAGUCUGAACCAAUGAAAGAAGAGGAAAGAGAAAAAGAGACAGAUACUUUUGACAGUGAACCGACUAAAGGAGAGCACAGAGAGAAAGAAAAGGAUGAUACAUGUAUGAUGGAAUCCACCACAGGGGGCAAGAAAGAAAAAGAAAACAAGACAUUUUUUGAGAUUGAAGUGAGUCAGGAAGAGAGGAUAGAGAAAGAUGAUACUUAUGUGGCUGAAUUCAGUAAAGAACAGAAGAUGGAAAAGGAGCAAGAAAAAGAAGAUAGUGAUUUCGAAGACAUCAACGAUGAGAAAAGAGAGAAAGAUAGAGAUGAAAGUUAUGAAGCUGAACCCAUAAAAGGAGACGAAAGAGCAAAAGAAAGUGAAACAGCUGACACAGUCAAAUAUGAAAUGAGCGUGAAAGAGACAGGAAACGAUGAUUCUCGUGAGAUUGAACCUACUAAAGAGGAGAAAUGGGAGAGGGAGAAAAAGGAGGUGCAAGAGAAAGAUCUAAAAGAGGCUUUACAACACAGCGUACAGACAACAAUGGUAGAAAAAGUAGAGGUGACUUCUGCGAGAAAGCUUGAAUCUACAUUUCAGGUUCAGUACUCAGACGGAGAUGAGGAAGAUGAGGAGGAAGAUGAAGAGGAAUCCAUUUGCAUGGGUGGUGCAGGGUCAAGACCUUUAUCAGUGGAACCUAGACAAUCAGAACACGAGAUCAUCUCUCAAGACCUGCUCUCAACUCAGUCAUCAGAGAAUGUGCUUAGUGACCAGACGAAGGACAGCCACUCUGAACAGACCACUGGGCUUGUGUCUACAUUACCAAAAUGGGAGACCUCUCCUGAUAAAGACCUCAAAGAGCAGCAUAAAGAGCGACAACAUAGACUCUCCCCUGAACUAGAAAAGGACAUCAAGACAACUAAGACCACACCAGCACCCCAUCCCAGUCAAGAGUCAACCAUUGGUUUCCCGACCUUGAAAGAGGAGCCAGUCUCUGCUAUGCCUACCACCAAAGUAAAGCCAGCCUCUGACUCCACCACUACAGACAAACAGUCUAUAGGUUCAACACUAUUAAGCACUGACAGCAAGGCCAGUGUGACGGUAUCCACCCAGCAUGAAACACUGCUGCUAUCUAUGACAACAAGCAAAGAAGCAUCUAAUAUGGAUGAAAAGACAAAGCAUGUUUCUCCAAAAGAAGAUGAGAAACCAGGCAAGGAAGCUGAGAUGGAAAUUGAAAAAGAGCGGGAGGUUGCUUCCCCAGAGCAUACACAACCUUGUUCAUAUUUUGUCUUGGAUAAAGAUCCUGAGAAGGUUCCCGAGAAAGUGAGCCACGUCGAUGCUACAAAAGAAGACAGUGUCUCUGAAAAAUUGAAAGGCUUUGACAAAAUAACAACAGAGAAGGAGACUGUCAGUGUGAGCUUGCAAGAGGAUCAGGGCUUUGAUGUGUCUAAGUAUGAACCCUAUGAAAAGCCAAUUUCAAAAGAAAAGGAAUCCAACUAUAAAGAAGACCGUGAGGUAUCUAGAGAGUUUGAUCGGUCAACACAAAUUGGCAUUGAUGAUAAUAGGAACGUUAGCCAGGUAGACGCUGGUGCAGCUGCAUUCUACUCAGAGGACGAGGAAAAAGAGGAACCGCUGUCAUUCAGCAGAGUUGAUUACACCCCUCCACCUUUCCCCAAGAGCGAGAGAAGUCUCCAUUGCAGCUCAAGUGCCUUCACUGAACACAAUGACAAAGAGAAAGGUCAAGAGGAAGUGAGUGAUAGGAAGGAGGGGCAAUCUACACCACACGUGGAAAACAGCUUUAUGUAUACAGAGACUCAAGACAACAGAACCACCCCAGCAGCAGAGCCAUGCUCAUUUGCUUUCAGUCUCAAAGAAGAUAAACCUGAAAAAGUUGAGAAGGAUGAAUUGAAGGACAAGACUGGAGCAUCUCCCAGUGUAGAGGAGUAUUUACCAGUCCAGUCAGGCAGAAAGGAAACAGCCUCUUCCUCAUGGAGUCAAUCCAACAUCGAUGCCCAAGCCUCAGCUACAGCCAUGCCUUUUGAUGAUGUCCCUGAGAAGCAGACCACAGAGAAAGAGAAAGAGAAGGAAAAAGAUGAGCCAGUGAAAGACUAUAUGGAUUCAUCUGAUAGUGAGAGAAGAGAUUCUCCCUGUGGUCGCUACUCACCAACGGAAAAAGACAUGUUACCUCAUCAAGCUUUGCCUAAGGAAAAGGACAAUCAGGCCACUGCUGCCUCCUUGGCCGCAUAUUCAGGACAGCUCCUAGAUGAUAAUGUUCUUGCAUCUGAGUACACUCAAAUUGGCAGCUCUAUCACCAGUAAAUCUACAAUGGGCUAUUCUGAGAGAGAAGGCACUCCGGACAGUGUAAAUAAGAGGCUACUGGUGGUGGGAGAGGAUUAUGAUGAUGAGGAAGAUGAUGCAGCAGAAGAAGCCAGUGAUCUAGAUGUGGAGAAGGGAGCGAGAGAGCAGUCUGAAAAAGAAAUCUGUAAAUCUAUAUUGGAUGACACCACUACUUCUAAACGUCCUGUGACAAAGGAAGAGGACAAGAAGACCCUCUCACCCGGACCUGAACCCAGCCUCCUCAAAAAGGAGGAACCUUCCCAUUCAAUGACCACAAGCAGCCCUCCACCAGCAGAUACUGCAGAUUCCCUUUUGAAGAAUGUAGUUGGGGCCUUGCCACUCCAGUCUGGCAGUUCCACUGCAAUAGAACAAACAGGAUCUGGAGGAUAUCCUUCUGAAUCCUCAGAGUAUUCAGAGGACAGCCAACUGGGGUUAAAGGAGGAGAGGUUUGACAGUCCUGACCCCUCUUUGCCCACCAAGUCCAGUGAAGAUAAACAUUACAGUCAGGGAGACAUUGAAGCUGACAGGCAGAGAACCCCAGAUACCACUAGUAGAAAACCUGAGGAAGAUCCUUCGUGUUACCUCUUAUCUGCAUCAGCUUUUCUACCAACCAGCCACCAGUUGGGAGAGGAGUUAGAGACCCCUGUCAGAAUGUCUAGUGGCCCCUACAGGACAGAUUCUGAGGGUGCUUCCUUUGAGUAUUCUUUAUUCAAAGAUGAAGCCAUGCACUCAACCCUCUCAGCCAUGCACUCAACCCUCUCGACCUCAGGGGUCAUGUUAAAGGAUGAGUACCUAGAGGCAUCUGAAACGCUUCCCUCAACAACUACAGCUACAUUCAGUCUGACAAAAGUCUUUCCAGUCUUAGCUACUCCAGCCAAAGACAUUACAGAACAAGACUCAUCAUCAAGCCCUGAGAUGGACAAUGGUCAAACCUCAGAUAACUUUCAUAAACUUGAGGGCAUUGUUGAAACCAAAACCAUAACUUCUGCUGGAGCUUCAGAACCACCAUGUUCCCAGCUGUCCAAACCCGCUGAAACCAUAUCCACUUCAAGGGCUUUCUUUGAGGUUUCCCCAUUGCAAAGAGCUGAUUCUUCUGACAGAGAAUCGCAGGGCUCAGCGGCCAGCAAAGAGUCAUACACUUGCAAAAUGGAGGACAGUACUCUUCCAUGCCGCAUUGAAUGCCAGAAAUUUGCAGUGACAGAGCAAGAAGAACGCAUGCUGUCCAUGGCUGAGACAUACAGGGUCACUAUCAACUCCAGUACAACCACAACAGUGUCCCAAUCUGAUGGGGAGACAAAACCACAGCAGUCAACUGAAGCCUCUUCCAACAGGGCUACUGAGGUUAGCACAAGUCCCCAAGAAGUCCUCAGUGGAGCUAGCAAAGCCUGUUGUGCCACAACAGCAGACCUGCCUAAAACAGAACAGAAAAAGGAGGAAAAAGAGACAAAGGAUGAGAAAGAUAAGAUGGUAAUGAAAGAGGAAGAAAUUAAGGAGAUCAAGGUAGAGACCCUAAAGGAGGACACCAAAAUGCCAGAGCAGAAGGAUAAGGAGGAGACAAAACAGAUGGAUGAGAAGAAAGAGGUGGCUGGAGAGAAGGAAAAGGUGGAGGAGGAGAAAGUAGAGGAAAAUAAGUUGAACGAGAAAGACAGGAAGGCAGAGGAGAAGAAAGACAAGACUGCUAAGAAGGAGGGUGAGAAAGAAAAGGAGAGGAAAGAGGGAGUGAAAGAGAACGUGGAGGAUAAAAAAGCUGAGAAACAUGAAGAGAAGAUUGUCGAAAGGAGGAGGAGUAGCUUAUCUGACUGGGAACUCCGACAAGGGCCGGGCGCAUGCCCAAGUGCCCCUCCUCCAGGCUAUGAAGACAAGGAGGAAGAAGCAUAUGAAAUGGAAGAAGCUGGGGAAGAAUAUGUUAAUAAAGAAUGUGUAUCCACAAGCGAGCCCACCCCUCUCUCCACAGCAGAACAUGCCCACCAUACAAAGGCAUCUGCAAAAGCAGAUGGAGAAUCCAGUUGCCCCACUGACUUGCAUAUGGAGGCUACCUCCACCUCCCCCCCCGGCUAUUCCUCAUGUGAAUUCAAACACCGCAAAGGGGAGAUCUCCCCAUCCUUCAUUAACCCCAGUCCACACGCCCUCUCCAGCGAUGGUGGCGAAGAGGACAAAGGGAGCGACCCCUCUCAGGAGGGGGAUGAAGAUGACCGGGAGCAACACUCGGUCAAGAGGAGGUCUCACAAGCAGAAGCGACAGCACAUUCAAAGUGGAGCUGCUGGAGCUGGAGCGGGAUCGCACCCACUUUCCAUGCCUCCUGGUGGCAUGGCAACUGGACUUGGGAUAGUGCUAGCUGGAGAGGAGACACCCCCCACAUCAGCAAGUGACUCGUUGGCGUCCCAGUCGGACUCGGACGUACCUCCCGAGACCGAGGAGUGCCCGUCGAUAACCGCAGAGGGAAACCUGGACUCUGACGAAGAUGCAGAACACCUGCCGGUGGAUAAACUAUCUGCCUCUGCCACAGGAGGGGGCACCCAACCCCCUUCACCCAGAUCAGCUGCGAAGGCCCAUGACCCCCCACCUGCCCCCAUGAAGGAUCCGCUCCCCCACCUGCCUCACCCUGAUGUGUGCAUGGUGGACCCAGAGGCCCUCACUGACAACCAGAGCAGCACAGAGAAAAUGCUCAAGAAGGACCACAAGACCACCAAGAGCCUGCGGAAGGGCCUGGGCAAGCCUAAGUCUGCGUCCCCAGCCCGGAAGGGGAAGAGGUCUACCACCCCUGUGAAGCAGGCCUCCAAGGAUUCCUCGCCUCGAUCGGCCUCUCUGAGAAGGAGGGACACGGAAAGGAGCUCCAGGCUGACGCAGAAGUCCGAGGGCCUGGGAUCCAAGGGGGACCUACACGCCCCAGGGAAAGGCCUUGUGAAUGGCGUCAAGAGCAACUUGGGUACCAACUCCCAGAAAUCUAGUUCAGCCGUCCCCCCUGGUCCUCCAAUCUAUGUGGACCUGGCCUACGUGCCCAAUCACUGCAGUGCUAAGAACGUAGACCAGGAGUUCUUCAAGCGGGUACGUGCUGCGUACUAUGUGGUGAGCGGCAACGACCCAGCCGGUGGAGAGCCCAGUCGUGCGGUCCUGGAUUCCCUGCUCGAGGGAAAGGCUGCGUGGGGCUCCAAUCUACAGGUGACUCUGAUCCCUACUCAUGACACGGAGGUGACGCGGGACUGGUACCAACAGACACACGAAAAACAGCAGGACCUGAACAUUAUGGUCUUGGCCAGCAGCAGCACAGUGGUCAUGCAGGACGAGUCUUUCCCUGCCUGCAAGAUUGAGUUCUAAGUUCUGCACCCCUUGCUAUUUUACCCUCCUCCCCUCAUCACUCCAUCUUUGGCAGGUAGAGAGAGGUCCUUUGCUACUCUCUAUCCUCCCAAAGCCUUCUCUUCUGUCAGCUCCACAUUUUGCUCUCUCAUGGUGUAAGAUUCCAUUGCAUUUGCUGUAGUCUUCGGUUGGUGUACUGGCUUCCAACUGGUCAAUGUCACCUGAGAACAGCCACCUCUGUCAGGCAGAAACAUUGAUAUAGGGUCCAUGGUAGCUGUAUAAAGGUGUGAGGUGCAUUCAUUUCUAGCGCGCUUUCGGUUUAAACAACAUACUUGCACGAUAAAACCACCUCUUUAUUUGAUCUUAUUAAAUUUUGCUUUCACAUAUAACCUCCCCAACACACACAUUUUGUGAUCAUCUGUGAUGAGGGUAAUUCUCGAUAGUUAUUUCAAAGCUUUCCCAUCAUACCGCACCCAAAUCAACAUCUAAAUGGACAACACUUUCCAACUAAAAGUGCCAUCUUAACAAUGUCAACUCCCAGUCAAUGAAGACGGUGCAAAGUUGUCAGAUUCAACAUGUGAAACCUAAACAGUCUUACUGAUCGUCUUAAACUCAGAGAAAUACCCAACAAAAUGAAAUACUAUUUAAAAAUUGCACAUCCAGAAGGGCCAAAGUAAGUGCCAAAACACUUUUGAGGUGUUUAACACUCUCCGAAAUAAGUCCAAAGCCGUUAAGAGGUGAACAGUUAGUUGAUCUCAAUUGUACGCAGACUACGCACAAUGUUGUAUGAUGGUAGUAUUUUUGUAAGUAUCUUAAGUUGAGGCUUUGUUUUCAAUAUGAGAUUUUACUCCUGUUUGGAGAUAUUACGUAGGAUGCAGCUUUCUAUUCUAUAGCGUUUGGCUUUCUCAGUACUCUAACUACGUCAACUGAUGUUCCAACAAAAAAAGGACUAUACCACAUUGCUUGUUGUGAAGCUUUAGGAGGCGCCUGAAGGUGCCACUUUUAUUUAAAGAACUAGCUUUUAUGGGUUAUUUCCCUCAGUAGCUGAAGAAUGUCGCUUGCAUUUAGCUCAGACUCCUUCCUUGAAGAAGUAGAGGGUUCUUGACCGUGUGUCUAGUCCUUGCAGUCUCCAAGUAUGGAGUACAAACGGGUUCUGAUACCUAAACGUUUGGCUGGGUGUACGCUAAAGUGAACGUUUUACUGUAGGUACCGGGCAAUGAGAUGGUAUUUCUAUAUUUACCAUAUUUCUGCUGGACGUAAUGGUUCUUUAUAAAUAUCUGAAGUCCUUAUCGUCGUCUUUGUUGGUUGUAUUAGAUGAAUACUCAAUUAAAAACAUACAGUAUAAACAUUAUAUAUUGAUAUAUGGAGAGAUUCUAUUAGAGGUAUGCUAUUUUGUGAUAACACAGCAGAGGAGGAUGUUAAAUGCACUUUCAUUACAUUUGACGUUUUCUCCCGUUUAUUUAUAUUAUACCGUCUGUAUGAAACGAUUUAAUGAAGCGAUGGAAACUGCAGUGGCCUUCCAUGGAGAAUGUAGUAACAGAGUCUAGUCCGUCCUUGUGAGACUUGGUUGUGUGGGUGUUAUUUUGCAAAAAUGACUGCGGUGGUAGGCGGUCGCUCUCAUGUGCCUUCUGGUUGUGGUAUAUUGGGCAAGAGAGAAGGAUUAGAGAGGAGUAUGAUAAGGGAUUCUCUUUCGUAGUAGCCAUUGUGGAGAGGUGAACUUGGAUCCAGGGAUAAGUCAAGAAACUGUGGAGAAAAUGCAACAUGGACAAAUCGAUAGUUGUUGUCCAGGGAUAUCUAGUUAGCCUAAUAUCCAUAUGGAUGGAUGCUGUAUACGCACACAGUUGGUAGGUGAAAAGCUAAUUAGCCAGCUUAGCCAGCACAUUUAGAUUCAGUUACUUAUAUGCUGGUCAGCAUUUGUCACCUAUCUUAAAGUGUCACCCAGCAAAUGUAUCAAACAAUAACAUGAUCAAAGAGCAAGGUAUUGCACCAAGCAAGAAUGCACUUUCCUGAGGGGAGACGAGGGGUUUAGGAGUGGGGCUGCGGUUCUAGUGAGAGAAGCACAGAAAAUAUAUGAUUAUCAUUCUUUACCAUAAUGUGAACUAUGGUAGCGUUUGAUUUUUAGAACAAGUACCUAGCGAAAGUACUCCAUACUGUAUGUAAAUAAAAAAAAUGAGUUGUUCUUCAGAAUGAUUUCUUAAUUGAAGAGGUAAAAAAAAAUAAAAAAAUAACGCAGGUAGCAAUUUAUCUAGUUAAAAAAGAAGACUUUUCAACCCUAAGAUAAUAUUUAUCAGACGAGCAUGAAUGUGAUGUUGUUGAUUAUAGCGGGUAGAGAUGUGGCAAUGUGUACCACAGGUCAAGUAGAAUUAAGUUGUGUGUUGAAGUAUGUGCAUGAGUGGUACACACGGAGACAGGGUUGGGGUUUUGAAGAUACAUCAUAGUUUUUUUUUUAAUGCUGAGUUAGCCAGUGCGGUGUGUACUUUUGUUGGUUAAUCAGGAGGUGGAGCUUCUUAAAAUUGUCGCACUGUUCAUUGGCGCUCAUUACAAAUCUGAUUCGCAUUCAAUUCCAUAGAGCUUAGUCACAUUUUGAUUCAUGUUAUAUUGUUUUAUUACAUUUUGGGGAGUUUUUUUUGGUAAUUGUAUUUAUCAAAUUCAUUUACAGUUAUGUAUACAUGAUCAGUAUUCGAUUUUUUUUAUUUUUCAAUAUCAGUUACAGUAAAUGUAGGACUAACACAACUAUGAAUGUCUCUUUUGUUUACAUUUCUUAGAUUGUAUUUUCCAAAAGAUGACUGAACAUUUAUUUUAUAAUAAGCGUCUGAUUGUCAUAGAUUUUUUUUGCUUAGUGAUUCUUAAAAUGUAAUGUGUUUCUAUUUAGAACUGCUGCGUUGUGUGUUUGGGGCUACUGAGUUGAGGCCAGAGAGAGUGGACUGGGUGGGGCACACUGGUAUUGCUGGAGAUACUGUCUCUGACUCAUAGUCUGCUGCAGAAUCCAAGACUGCAGACAUCGACCUGCAAGGGGAACAUUCUCUCCCUCUAUUGGACUCAGAACCUAAACAGAGUCUCCUCUUAGGCUGAAACCAUUAACCCACAGUCUGCAGCCAUCUUGUGCUAGCCUGGGAAGGAUGCCAUCCUUGUCCUUUUGUUGAACUUAUUCAAAUGUGCUGAGAAUACUGUAGUGUAAGCUGAUAUAACAGUAUGCAGGAGAGCCUCCCCCCCAGGUCUGUUCUUAGCCUGGCAGCAGAGCUAGCCAGACUCACCCAGCUCCGAGUGAAUGUUUCCUUUCAGUAUUAUUAGGAUACUCAAUGUGUAAGCUACAGAUUUAUUAUGCACUGCGAUAGCGUCGAUAUGCAUGUCAUGUUGAAUACUGUUUAGAGUCACUUAGGUUAGAGAGGGAGGGCAUGUAUGAAUCAGAUGUAUCAAUACUUUGAUCAAGCAAUCAGCCCAGCCGGCAAAAUUAGGCAGUAUAACGUGAUAUUUGGUUCUUAACUGUUUUUUUCUGGUCAAGAAUACAUCAUAAGCAGAAAAUCAUUUCAUAUUCUAGAUGUUUUCUGGUCAGAUUACAACCAGAUAAAGACAUGUUUGUCCGGAUGCUAAAUUACAUACCCCAGGAUAAAAGGGGCCACACUAAGCCUAUGAGAGGUUGUCAGUGAAGGUACAAAUUUAUGGCCUUGGAUAUUUUACAAUAUGUUGCAAGUGUUUCUAACCGAAUUUAUCAAAUUAUACGGCGGUGUACAGACCUAGUACUGUAUGGGUGAGGGAAAUCUGAACCAGGGUCAAGAUGCGCUGCUUAACGUAUAUAUUGUAUGGGUUUUCCCCAUAUUUAUGGGUUGCACCUAUUUUACUCGGUCGCGUCGUUGCAAUUAUUCUCAAUGUUCUACAAAUGCCGCAGUUUAUUGAUGUCCGACUGAUGCUUAAUGCUCAGUCUAUCUGAACGGGGGCUAAUGAUUUCCGUCAAAAUUACACUAUAGUUGCCUGGAAAUACGAUGACAUUGCUAGAGUAAACAAAUAAUUAUUAGAAAACACCUUUGCCAGCAUUAUGUCGUCUAGUUUACUUUAGAGAGAUGGCAAUGUUGCGAUGUGCUAGCAAAGUUAGUCAGAGAUAGCUAGCAAUACUAAUGUUAGCUAGCAAAAAUGUCAGUGCUCUCCCCUCAAUCCUAAUUUCGCUAUAGUUAUACUGCAUCUGAAGUCAAUCUGGCCACAUCACAAUGAUGACAACAGCUUGACCUGCUCAUGAUUUGCCUCCUUUUGAAAUGUCAUGGUGUUUUCAAGCCACAGUAAUGCUCUUAAGACUAAAUCUUCAUCGGUACCUAUUGAGACUGCAUUGAGUGGAAUUCUCAGCUGGGCAUCAGUCCUAAAACGUACGUUUAAAACAAUAUGGUAACGCAACGUGCAACCCAUGAAUACUCAAUGCUGCUGGAUUUAAAAAAACGAACAAACAUACAUACAAUUGUACACAAAUAUAUCCGAAAUCAGUGGAGGACUACUGUAUUCGGAUUUAAUUUCUAGAACAAAAAUUGAACUCAAAAUGGAUCUCUCGUUUUAUCCAUAUUGCAGUGGCUGUUGUUUAAUUUUCAGUUAUGUCCAAUACUUACAGAAACACACAAUAACACAGAAAAAGUACCAACUGCAGCUGCAGCUUUUUCUUUUCCUGAAUAUGACUUGAAAACAUUGAAACAAUUUUUUAAAAAGUUAAAUGAAUGAUACAUGUACAUUCAUGUGCGGUACACAAAUAUGUAUAUACACCUUAAAACAAAAUCAAAAUAGACAUGUUAUGAAACAUAUGAUCCUUCUUGUUAUACAUUUACAUGUUAGAGGAUUUGAAUCAAGCGUAUCAAAAUCCUAGGCAUUGAACAAAGAAACAGUCAAUGCUGACUACUGUAAGUACAGAUGAAAAAUAACAAAUAUAUUUCAGUUCAAUCUCUCUCAUUAUGAAAAAAUGAAGUCAUCUGAACAUAAGUUCUCUAUCAUUCUCCCAUCUUAUCUCUGCAUGUGAUCUAUUUAGUUAUUAUCCUGAAUGUAAUAAUUUAUUAACAUGGAAAUAAAACAAGAAAUGCUCUCUUAAAACCGUAUAUCUGAUACAGGCGAUUGUUUAACUGGUACUGGGAUGGCAUAUAAUAUUACUGGGCUGUGCUUUACUGUUUUGCCCUAAGAUGUUGUUAUUAUAAGAAAACGCUGUACUACUGUAGUUUUUCUGUUUUUGCCGCUGUAUUAAUCAUAGUUCUGUUACUAUCUUCAGUGCAAUAUUCUCUCUCUCGCGCGCGCUCUCUCGCUCUUUAAAUCUAAAAUGCAAAACUAGAACUACUGCAGAUUCAUUGUAAAAGGGAAACAGCCUGGUGAUGACAAAUAAAAAUACAUUUAUUGAAAUCAGA